AAUAAAUAACAAAAUACAAGCUCUAAAACUACUGUAUCACAGAAAUUAUCACAGAUUUUCUUUAGUGCAUCCCGUGAUGCAAAUCUUGGUUUGCUCCAAGAUGCCAUCACCGGUUCACUGUGCCGCUAGCUCAGUCUUUUCUCAGGGCAGAGUACCCCUAAUGCCACAGCUCGCAACAUAAAUAUCGAUAACUUCACGGUCUCACAUUACUAAACUAUCGGUCAUCACUAAGACAAAAACGUAAACAAAGCAAAAAAUUUACAAAUAUUGACGGAAAAAUGGAUUACCAUGGGUGCCCUCGAGGUGCUGCAGGGCACCACCCAUUCUCUGUCGGCAGGAGCCCCCUUCUCGCGACUACGGCGGUUCCAUCUCCCUCACUGGGAAAGUUUACUCACAGAUUGUGGGUUUUACAAAGGUUUAAUAAAUAUCCCUUUAAGACCGAAACCUGGCCGCCGUCUUCAACAUUUACGCGGUCAAAGCAGAGGAUUGGUUUUGCUGGAAAAGGGUACAGGCGCCGCGGAAACUAUGCUCUACCAGUCAUGUAUUGGUAGAGCUCGCAUGGAAACGCGGCCCUCAAAGGAACAUACGCGAUGCGCAUGUGUAUGUCAUCUAAUCCUGAGGAGCUCCAAGGGAAAAGAAGGGACAGGCCAAAAAGUUUUAGGCAAACAACGAGGACAAAUAAGGCUCUCGGGUCUAACUCCGGAUAAAUUCACAAACAGGGAACCACUAUUGGGCUGGGCCUGGAGGCGAUGAUAGCCCGGGCGGAAGGCCUUUCGCCGGAGGCCAGCAGCGAUACGGAUCUCCACACAGGGAAACGGCGCUCUCCGGUGAGUUGUGCAAUGGCAGUGCGAGAUUCGGCUGCCAGAGAAAAUGGCGAUAUUUCUCAGCGCCGCGAUGCGACCGCUGGAAGUACCUGAGAUGAGGAGGACGCGGUACACCGGAACGGACUCACCGGGAAAUGCUUGAAGUCGUCGUCGACU